CCCCGGCCCCCGGCCCCGCCGCGGCCGCCCGCUCCGCCCCCGCCCCCGCCCGGCCGGGCCGCGGCCCCGCUCCGCCCUGCGCGGUUCUAUGUGACCGGCGGGCCCGGAGCCGCCGCCGCAGCGCGAACAUGGACGCCGUCAACGCCUUCAACCAGGAGCUCUUUUCACUUAUGGACAUGAAACCUCCCAUCUCUAGAGCCAAGAUGAUUCUCAUCACAAAAGCUGCUAUUAAAGCCAUUAAGCUUUACAAGCAUGUAGUUCAAAUAGUGGAAAAGUUCAUCAAGAAGUGCAAACCAGAGUACAAGGUUCCAGGACUGUAUGUGAUCGACUCCAUUGUUCGGCAGUCUCGCCAUCAGUUUGGGACUGACAAAGAUGUUUUUGGGCCAAGAUUCUCUAAAAACAUAACCGCCACAUUCCAAUAUUUAUAUCUUUGUCCAUCUGAAGAUAAGAGUAAAAUAGUCCGUGUGCUGAACCUUUGGCAAAAAAACGGAGUGUUCAAAAUCGAGAUCAUCCAGCCUCUCCUGGACAUGGCGGCGGGGGGCGGCAACGCUGCCCCGGGGGCUGACAGCGUCACCAACAACGAGGGUUCACCCCCGCCUCCGGUUAAAGUCUCUUCAGAACCCCCACUCGCCACUGCAAACUCGGUACCAACUGUCUCACAGCUGCCCAGCUCCGACGCCUUUGCUGCCGUGGCCCAGCUGUUUCAGACCACUCAGGGGCAACAGCUUCAGCAGAUCCUUCAGACUUUCCAGCAGCCUCCAAAACCACAGUCUCCUGCCCUUGACAAUGCUGUGAUGGCUCAAGUUCAGGCUCUCACGGCCCAGUUGAAGACAGCUCCCACGCCCCCGCCCGAACAGAAAGCCACUGCGUUUGACAAGAAGCUGCUAGACCGAUUUGAUUAUGACGAUGAGCCAGAAGCCGUGGAGGAGUCAAAGAAAGAAGAUGCUGCUGCCUCUGCUGCCAGCACGGCCUCUGCCACCGCUGCCCCUGCUGCCCCCGCCGCCACUGCCCUGCCCGCCGCCGCCGCUCCUGCCACGUCCCCGCCACAGGCGCCCUUUGGGUUCCCUGGCGACGGCAUGCAGCAGCCGGCCUACCCCCAGCAUCAGAGCAUGGACCCGUUCCCGCCUCCGAUGAUGGCGCUGCAGCAGGACCCCGGGCACCACCAGGUUGCACUUCCUCCUAACGGACAGAUGCCAGGGUUCGGCCUGCUUCCCACGCCCACGUUCCCGCUGCCGGCUCAGCCAGCCGUGCCCCCGGCCGUCCCCGGGCAGCCGCCGUUCCAGGCCCCGUUCCCGGCCCCCAGCGAGCCACUGGCGCAGAAGGCGCACCAGGAGGUGAAAGCCGAGCCGCCGUGCGCCCCGGAAGUUAACAAGCGGCACAUGUCCGACAGCAGGAAGUCGAGAUCCAGGUCAGCGUCCAGGUCACCGAAAAGGAGGCGAUCUCGGUCUGGUUCCAGGUCUCGGAGGUCUCGCCACCGACGUUCCAGAUCCCGGUCCCGGGACAGACGCCGACACUCUCCGAGAUCCCGGUCCCAGGAAAGACGGGAUCGGGAGAAGGAAAGAGAGCGCCGCCAGAAAGGCCUCCCUCCGAUCAAGUCAGAAACGGCGAGUGUCUGCAGCACCACGCUCUGGGUGGGACAGCUGGACAAGAGGACUACUCAGCAGGACGUCGCCAGUCUCUUGGAGGAGUUUGGCCCCAUCGAAUCGAUUAAUAUGAUUCCUCCCAGAGGUUGUGCCUAUAUUGUUAUGGUUCAUAGGCAAGACGCGUACCGCGCCCUGCAGAAGCUGAGCCGCGGGAACUACAAAGUGAACCAGAAAUCCAUAAAGAUCGCCUGGGCCUUAAACAAAGGAAUAAAGGCGGAUUAUAAGCAGUAUUGGGAUGUAGAACUUGGCGUUACUUAUAUUCCGUGGGACAAAGUCAAGCCUGAAGAACUGGAGAGUUUUUGUGAAGGCGGAAUGUUGGACGGUGACACUCUUAACCCAGAGUGGAAAGGAAUUCCCAAGAAGCACGAAAAUGAAGUUGCUCAGAACGGAGGGGCGGAAAGUUCGCACACGGAACCAGUGUCGCCCAUCCCUAACCCGCUGCCUGUGCCGGUCCCCCCGAUGCCUGUUCCCGCACCCAUAACGGUGCCUCCUCCGCAGGUGCCGCCGCAGCAGCCCGGUCCCCCCGUGGUCGGCGCCCUGCAGCCGCCCGCUUUCACGCCUCCCCUGGGGAUUCCUCCUCCGGGCUUCGGGCCCGGCGUCCCGCCGCCGCCGCCGCCGCCUCCGUUCCUGCGCCCAGGGUUCAACCCGAUGCAUCUCCCACCAGGUUUCCUUCCGCCUGGACCCCCGCCUCCCAUAACCCCACCGGUGUCCAUCCCUCCUCCGCACACUCCACCGAUGAGCAUCCCCAACCUGGUGUCUGGGGCGAGAGGAAACGCCGAGUCCGGGGACAGCGCGAAAAUGUUCGGCUCUGCCGUGCCGCCCGCUGCGCCCACGAGUCUGCCCGCCCCUCCUGUAACCCAGCCCGUCUCACUCCUGGGAACGCAAGGAGUCGCCCCCGGCCCCGUCAUCGGGCUGCAGGCACCGUCCACCGGGCUGCUGGGGGCCCGGCCCGGCAUGAUCCCGCUGCAGCGCCCCCCGGGCAUGCCGCCGCCGCACCUGCAGCGCUUCCCGCUGAUGCCGCCGCGGCCCGUGCCGCCGCACAUGAUGCACCGGGGCCCGCCGCCCGGGCCGGGGGGCUUCGGGGUGCCCCCGCCCCACGGGAUGAAGGGCCCCUUCCCGCCGCACGGCCCCUUCGUCAGGCCUGGCGGGAUGCCGGGGCUGGGGGGCCCAGGACCGGGCCCGGGGGGCCCUGACGACAGAGACGGGAGACAGCAGCAGCCCCAGCCCCAGCCCCAGCAGCCGCCACCUCAGUCGCAGCCCCAGCAGCCGCCACCUGCGCAGCAGCAGCCGCCGCCGGCGCAGCAGCCGCAGCCGCAGCCGCAGCCGUUCAGAAACGAGAACAGGCAGCAGUUCAAUCCAGGGAGAGACCAAGAAAGGUUUGGACGAAGACCUUUCGGAAAUAGGGUGGAGAAUGACCGGGACCGCUACGGGAACCGGAGUGACGAGAGGGAGACUAGUGGCCGCGAGCGGCGCGAGUGGGGCCGGAGGAGCCCGGACCGGGACAGACACAGAGACCUGGAAGACCGAAGCAGGCGGUCCGGCGGGCACCGAGACAGGGAGAGGGAUUCGAGGGACAGAGAGCCGCGCAGGGAGAAGGAGGACAGCCGGGGCAAGGAGAAGCCCGAGGGGGCCGACCGGGCCGCCGACCCUCCCCUCAGCCAAGCGGGCGCCGCAGAGACAGUCUCCGAACUCGCCCAGGGGGAGUCUGCGGCCACAGCGGCGGCCGCGAAGCCUGCUGCAGAGCUGCCCGCCGAGGCUACCUCGUCCGCCGGCCCCGAGAAGGAGCCGGGCCCGGCCGCGGAGGCUCGCUAGGGGCGGGACCGCCGGCGGGGCGGGGCGGGGCACCAGCGCAGGGGCUGGAGGUGUACAGACGCUGUAUCAUAUUGGCCCCGCUCUUUCUGCCCCACGGUCGUCGUGGGGCCUCGUGAGCAAUUUGAUUGCUUCCCUUCUAUUUAAAAAUAGCCACAAAAUAACAAAAAAUACUGAAAAUAUGAAUAAAUAUUACCCUUUUUGCUGUAACUUUUUAAAAGUUUUGACUUUAAAAAGUUUACAAAUCGUAAUUAGAAGUGCUCUCUAUUUUUUUUUUUUUUAAU